AUGAGUAUCUCUCUGGGGUAUUCACAUUCCACAAAGCAAGACAGCACCAUGGACAGCUUGGAGAAACAGCUCAUUUGCCCUAUCUGUUUGGAGAUGUUUACCAAACCGGUGGUCAUUCUCCCUUGUCAACACAAUCUUUGUCGAAAAUGUGCCCAAGAUAUUUUCCAGGUAGGUUGGUUAUUUUACAGCUGAACUUUUAACCUUUUAACCUUUACUGCUGUCUCUUGAUGGGCUACUUAAAGUUAAAGGUUUAUCUCUGUCAAAAACCAUUCAUAUACAUGUACAGCAUUCUGAAAUUGUAGUGAAGGUAUUGCUCAUCCUUCAAUUGUCACUGUUCAAUUACCACUUGUUUGGUAAUGUUGAAAAUAAAUAAAAAGUGUUUUGUCAUCAUGUAUACCUCUUGACACAUGCCAUCUAACACACAUGUUCAGUAACCAAUGCAAAUACUACUAACGGUAGGCCUAUAUUUUAAAAAUUCCAUGACCGGGUUUAUCUAACGCCAUUACUGAUACACUGCUGUCCUGAUCUGUGUAGGCCUCAAACCCUUAUCUAUCAACCAGAGGAACCACGGUGACUUCAGGGGGGCGUUUCCGCUGCCCGUCCUGCAGACAUGAGGUGGUCCUGGACAGGCAUGGUGUCUAUGGCCUCCAGAGGAACCUGCUGGUGGAGAAUAUAAUUGAUAUGUACAAACAGGAACAGGAGUCCUCAAGGUGAGGAAAUAAAGGCCUAAUAAGAUAAGACGAUGGGUCUAAGACAAUAGGCCUAAGACAAUGGGUCUAAGACAAUAGGUAUAAGACAAUGGGUCUAAGACAAUAGGCCUAAGACAAUGGGUCUAAGACAAUAGGUAUAAGACAAUGGGUCUAAGACAAUAGGCCUAAGACAAUGGGUCUAAGACAAUAGGUAUAAGACAAUGGGUCUAAGACAAUGGGCCUAAGACAGGCAGAAUAUCAUUGAUAUAUACAAAUUGGAGUCCCCAAGGUGAGACACUACAGGCCUAUUUAAAAAGAUUGCGGCAGACAAUCUAGUCGGAGGCACUCAGUAGCAGUCCCAUGUAUGUCUGGCCCAUUAGACAUACAGCAAACCCCCACACCAACAAAUCUGGACAUCAAGAAGACUACAUACUAUCCAGAACAACAUAUAGAAUGAAUCUGAAAACUACUGAUGGGAAAUUGAAAAUUAAAGGAGAAUAUACAGAAUGUACAAAACAUUAAGAACACCUGCUAUGACAUAGACUGACCAGGUGAAUCCAGGUGAAAGCUAUGAUCCCUUAUUGAUGUCACUUGUUAAAUCCACUUCAAUCAGUGUAGAUGAAGGGGAGGAGCCAGGUUAAAGAAGGAAUUUUAAGCCUUGAGACAAUUGAGACAUGGAUUGUGUAUGUGUGCCAUUCAGAGAGUGAAUGGGCAACACAAAAGUUUGAAGUGCCUUUGAAUAGGGUAUGGUAGUAGGUGCCAGGCGCAACAGUUUGUGUCAAGAACUGCAACGUUGCUGGUGUAUCAAGAAUGGUCCACCACCCAAAGGACAUCCAGCCAACUUGACACAACUGUGGGAAGCAUUGGAGUCAACAUGCGCCAGCAUCCCUGUGGAACGCUUUCAACACCUUGUAGAGUCCAUGUCCCUACGAAUUGAAGCUGUUCUGAGGGCAAAAGGGGGUGCAACUCAAUAUUAGGAAGGUGUUCUUAAUGUUUUGUACACUCAGUGUAUAUUUGUUUUUGUAGAGCAACCAUUGUGAAAUCAGGGUUUGACUCAUGGGUGGCUGGACAAGUAGCCUGUUAGUUUGAUCUAUUUUUAUAAGGUAGGCCAAUGAGGCAGCAGUCAGUUAAGAGAGGCCUAUUUUUAUUGCACUUUGAGCCUUACUACAUUCUCUAGACAUCAAUAUAGUAUAUAUUCUGCUUUUAGGAGGGAUAGACACACAAGUAGUUGACAAAAACAUAAUAUGUUUUCAAAAUACUUCUGUCACUAACUAUACACUGUAGAUUCCCUACAGAAUACGUAUCUACAGUAGCUUCAUGUAAUUCACUUACUGUAACUACAUUCAUGGUAGUCUCUGGAAAGACAUAAUCUGCUCCUGCUAUUUUAGCAUAAUCAAUGUCAUGUUAUUGAGUAGAUUGCAGCGACAAGACAAAUACCAUUUUCACAUGGACACGUUGUUUGAAUCGGUGUGAAAAGCACAGCUCUGGGUACCAAGUACCAGCAUUUUGGCCACAACAGUGUGAUAAUCAAUCAACCAUGGUUUACAUACACAAGUGGCCUAUUAAAAACAGUUAUUCCAAAUGUUAACAUACUCUUGGUUGCCAAAUAAACAUACAUUACAAAGUAAUGGCUAUUCUGACUUGCCAACAUUCCAUUAGGAGAAAGUCUGUCUGUACUACAUUAUUUUAUUGACUUUUAAGUGACAUUAUUAUGGCUUAAAGAGAGACACUUAGUAUUUUAGUCUCAAAGACCGUUUUUGUGACUUUCCAGUGUGACAGACGUUACUGAGCUUGUUUAAAAGUGUUCUACCUGGAUCCAAAAGUGUUCUACCUGGAACCAAAAGGGGUUCUUCAAAGGGUUCUCCUAUGUGGACAGCCGAAGAACCCUUUUAGGUUCUAGAUAGUACAAUUUUUCUAAGAGUGUAUUAAACGGGAUCCCCAAAGUAUGACUGUAACCUGUACUGUAGCCCUCUGGUUCAAUCUGCAGCAGCAAGCCUGAGCCUGAGCCUGCCAAGUGUGACCAGCCCAUGUGUGAGGAGCAUGAGGAUGAGAAGAUCAACAUCUACUGUGUGACGUGUGGCGUGCCCACCUGCUCUCUUUGUAAGGUGUUCGGAGCCCACAAAGACUGUGAUGUGGCACCACUCAACACAGUGUUCAAUAAGCAAAAGGUUAACUCAUUUAUUUUACAUUUAUAUCUGUCUAUCUCCUUUUUCAUUAUGAUGCUUUACAGGUAUACACUCUUUGCACCUUUUUUUCUAUCUAGAACCUAAAAGGGAGAACCCUUUGAAGAACCCUUUUUUGGUUCCAUGUAGAACCCUUUACACAGAGGGUUCUACAUGGAAGCCAAAAUAGUUCUACCUGGAACCAAAAAGGGUUCUUCUGCAAUAAGGACAGCUGAUUAACCCUUUUAGGUUCUAGAUAGAAAUAAAUGAACCGACUAUCAGAGUUGGUACAUAAAAUGUCCUUCUUUGUAAAAAAAACUCCUCUGUGUGUGUGUUCCAGACUGAGUUGACUGACUGUAUAGCCAUGCUAGUGGGGAACAAUGACAGGAUUCAAGGCAUUAUGAGUCAACUGGAUGAGACCUGUAAGACCGUUGAGGUGAAGCAUUCAACCUUUUCUCCUUUCCUAUGUUCCAUCUAUAACAGCAUUUCCACAUUGUAUAAAACUGCAAUAAUAUUCAUGGUAAAAAAAUUUAUUAUUAAUUUUUAUGCACCCUAAUUUUGACUUCUGACAAUAUCUAUGACCCAGUUAUCUGUCAGCUCGACCGUACAGUACAAUCAUGGUUGUCUUACAGGAGAAUGGCAGGAGGCAGAAAUCCAAGGUGUGUGAAAGUUUUGAUCACCUUUAUGCCAUCCUGGAGGAGAAGAAAGGGGACAUGACCCUGAAAAUCAACGCAGAGCAACAGGAGAAACUGGACUAUAUAAACGGCCUCAUGGGGAAGUAUAGAGAGCACCUGGAGAACAUGGCAAAGAUCGUGGAGACAGGGAUACAGACAAUGGAGGAGUCAGAGAUGGCUACUUUCCUGCAGGUGAUGAUACACUUUUUUUUGUCCAGGAGGGACAAGAAUGUAUUUUAUCUAAAAAAUAACAAAUAACCACAGCAUAAUAUAGGCAUCUGAAAUUCUGCAUCAGUGAUAUAUCAAUAUUAUAUUAAGUUAUUAAGUUAUUAAGUUAUGUAUGAAAAAUGUAUGCACUCACUAACUAACUGUAAGUCGCUCUGGAUAAGAGCGUCUGCUAAAUGACUAAAAUGUAAAUGUAAAUGUACCAUGUCUAAAUAAAAAGUGUUAACAUGCUAUUACAAACAUGUUGUCUUCUGAUAUGUCUUCUGAGAUGUCUUCCCAGAAGACAUGUUGUGCAACGUCUUCUAAUGUUUCACAUCAGAGCUUUCUGAGAAAUAAUUCCUUUCUCAUCUUUGCUCCCACAGACUGCAAAGCCUCUUCUACAAAAGUGAGUACACAUACCCGUUCGCCAGUUUUAGUCUGUAGUGCUGAUCUGUAGAACAGUGUACCUCUGAUCUCUCCCUGUCCACCAGGCUCCUUGCAGGCACUAUCAUCUCCCACCUGGACAAAGUGGAGCGGGGCUAUGACAACAUGGAUCACUACACAGCCAACUUUGAGCGGGAGAGGAGGUCACUGCUCACCAUAGACUUUGUGAAAGGUAGGGAGUAUAAUGAGUAUUAUGAGUAUACCAGUGCCAGUACACCCUCUUCACUUCCCUUGGCAUUUCAAUGUUCUUUCACGAUGUGUCCAAAAUCACUUCUUCCACUGCCAUAGAGACUGUUUAAACUAAUGAUAUACAGUGCCUUCGGAAAGUAUUCAGACCCCUAGACUUUUUCCACAUUUUGUUACGUUACAGCCUUAUUCUAAAAUUGAUUCCAAAAAAGAAAUUCCUCACCAAUCUACACACAAUACCCUAUAAUGACAAAGCAAAAACAGGUUUUUAGAAUUUUUUGCUAAUUUAUUAAAAUAUAUAUAUAUAUAUAUCACAUUUACUUAAGUAUUCAGACCCUUUACUCAGUACUUUGUUGAAGCACCUUUGGCAGCGAUUACCCUACAAGUGUGGCACAUCUGUAUUUGGGGAGUUUCUCCCAUUCUUCUCUGUAGAUCCUCUCAAGCUCUGUCAGGUUGGAUGUGGAGCGUUGCUGUACAGCUAUUUUCAGGUCUCUCCAGAGAUGUUAGAUCGGGUUCAAGUCUGGGCUCUGCCUGGGCCACUCAAGAACAUUCAGAGACUUGUCCCAAAGCCACUCCUGCGUUGUCUUGGCUGUGUGCUUAGGGUCGUUGUCCUGUUUGAAGGUGAACCUUCGCCCAAGUCUGAGGACCUGAGCACUCUGGAGCAGAUUUUCAUCAAGGAUCUGGGACAUCACCAAAUUCACUGAGAAUACAUUAGCUAGGAUGAAGUAACAUAUACUCUAAGCCGCAGCUCCAUACUACUUCUCAAACAUAGAGAACAGAUACUAUAUACUCGUUGUUGGGGUGGGAUUGGCGUGGGGGUCAGUGGAUGGCUUUUGACCAUUUCUUUGGAUUCCUCAUGUCUUGCUCAUUGUUAGAAAAAAGUUUGGUCCAAAUUGGAUGCGAGGUAAUUACUGAACAUUAUAUGAAUCCUAGAAAUUAAAAAAUCGUAGUUUUAUACAUUAGCCAAAAAAAUCUAAAAUCCUGUUUUCGCUUUGUCAUUAUGGGAUAUUGUGUGUAGAUUGCUUAGGAUUUUUAUUUAUUCAAUCAAUUUUAGAGUAAGGCUGUAACGUAACAAAAUGUGGAAAAAGUCAAGGGGUCUGAGUACUUUCCGAAGGCACUGUAAAUAACAAGAACAAGAUAAAAGAAAAACUCAGAAGCACUUUCCAAUUAUACAAUAAAAACAACUCUUAUUUUGAACUCUAAUUGUUGUUCAGAUGAUGAAGAUGAUGAUGAUGAGUUUGAAGAUGGAGAAGAGGAAGUAGAAGUUAGUGGGGUGACAGGGGUGACCCGUACAGAGGUCUCUCCUGCUGCCACAGUGGCGGGAACGGUUGGGGCCAAUCCUCCAAAGCCCCAGCAGACAUCACACCCACCCCUGCCUCAGAGACCUACUGAAACCCUAGGCGCCACCGCUACCCUGGCCACCCCACAGGCUCCCACCCAUGCAACAACCCCAGUACAAUUCCCAUCCUUAAACCCAACCCCAACUGCCAGCGCACAGGCCUGCGCCACAAGCCCAGUCCACUUCCCAACCACAACCCCGGUUCAGUUCCCAAACACAACCCCGGUCAACUUCCCAUCAGCAGAGCCACCGACACAGGUGAGAGAAACAUCUGUGACACACUACAGCCUAGCCAGGAGACUUACUGUAAAUGUCUCUGCAUAAUAAAUUAUAUAAUAACAAUAAUACAUGAGCCCUGGCUAACACCAUUCCAGCAGCCGUCUUGUAAGGGCCUUUAAAGAGAGUGUGUAUUUCUCAAGUAAACCCCAAGUGCAGUGACAGUCGAGGUCAUAUUUGAGUUCACUAACCGUAUGGAUUAUGGGCGGCAGGUAGCCUAGUGGUUAAGAGAAUUGGGUAAGUAACCGAAAGGUCGCUGGUUUGAAUCCCAGAGCCAAGUAGGUAAAAAAAUCUGUUGAUGUGUCCUUGAGCAAGGCACUUAACCCUAAUUGCUCCUGUAAGUCGCUCUGGAUAAGACUGUCUGCUAAAUGACAACAUUUUUUACAAUAUAUAUAUAUAUAUAUAUACAGCACCAGUCCAAGACCAAGUCCGUAUUAUGGCAAGAACAGCUCAAAUAAGCAAAGAGAAACGACAGUAAUAAUAUAAUAAUAAUAUGCCAUUUAGCAGACGCUUUUAUCCAAAGCGACUUACAGUCAUGUGUGCAUACAUUUUUACGUAUGGGUGGUCCCGGGGAUCGAACCCACUACCCUGGCGUUACAAGCGCCAUGCUCUACUAAUUGAGCUACAGAGGACCACACUCUGUCCAGCAGUCCAUCAUUACUUUAAGACGUGAAGGUCAAUCAAUCCGGAAAAUGUCAAGAACUUUGAACGUUUCUUCAAGUGCAGUCGCAAAAACCAUCAAGCGCUAUAAUGAAACUGGCUCUCAUGAGGACCGCCACAGGAAAGGAAGACCCAGAUUUACCUCUGCUGCAGAGGAUAAGUUCAUUAGAGUUAACUGCACCUCAGAUUGCAGCCCAAAUAAAUGCUUCACAGAGUUCAAGUAACAGUCACAUCUCAACAUCAACUGUUCAGAGGAGACUGCGUGAAUCAGGCCUUCUUGGUCGAAUUGCUGCAAAGAAACCACUACUAAAGGACACCAAUAAUAAGAAGAAACUUGCUUGGGCAAAGAAACACGAGCAAUGGACAUUAGACCGGUGGAAAUAUGUUCUUUGGUCUGAUGAGUCCAAAUUUGAGAUUUUUGGUUCCAACCACUGUGUCUUUGUGAGACGCAGAGUAGGUGAACGGAUGAUCUCCGCAUGUGUGGUGCCCACCGUGAAGCAUGGAGGAGGAGGUGUUAUGGUGUGGGGGUGGUUUGCUGGUGACACUGUCUGUGAUUUAUUUAGAAUUCAAGGCACACUUAACCAGCAUGGCUACCGCAGCAUUCUGCAGCGAUACACCAUCCCAUCUGGUUUGCCCUUAGUGGGACAAUCAUUUUUUUAACAGGACAAUGACCCAACACACCUCCAGGCUGUGUAAGGGCUAUUUGACCAAGAAGGAGAGUGAUGGAGUGCUGCAUCAGAUAACCUGGCCUCCACAAUCACCCGACCUCAACCCAAUUGAGAUGGUUUGGGAUGAGUUGGACCGCAGAGUAAAGGAAAAGUAGCCAACAAGUGCUCAGUAUUUGUGGGAACUCCUUCAAGACUGUUGGAAAAGCAUUCCUCAUUAAGCUGGUUUAGAGAAUACCAAGCGUGUGCAAAGCUGUCAUCAAGGCAACGGGUGGCUAGUUUGAAGAAUCUCAAAUAUAAUAGUUUGAUGUCUUCACUAUUAUUCUGCAAUGUAGAAAAUAGUAAAAAUAAAGAAAAACCCUUGAAUGAGUAGGUGUGUCCAAACUUUUCACUGGUACUGUAUAUAUAUAUUUAUUGUAACAUUUACAUUUAAUUUUGCUUGACUUUAAUCUCCUGCUCUCUGUAUGAGGAAAAAAUGGUUGUUAAAACCAGUCAAUAUCCAGCUCCGAGUUAGCCUGCAUGGAACCUGGCCAGGGUUACAGAAGUGGCUUUCACCUCAGCAGGAGGCUUUAAUGAUGAGACACCUGCCUGCUCUCUGGUUGCCGGGGUCCUGCGUGUGAGGGGUGAAGCAAGGAGGGGGACACUGCUGUUUUCAUUGGGAUAAUUAUCAGCCACUCUGUUACAUGUCAUCACCAUUGAGUUAAUUUACAUGUGAAGUGCUAAUUUGAAUGAGCAUAGAGUUCACACCAACAUAAUCAGGUGGAUUCAAAUUAAAAGUGAAAAGCCACCUGGAACAGUUUGUAUUCAUUCCAGAGGGGAAAAAUGGCUUGGAGAGCUUACUGAUUCAUAGAGGCGAUUAUCAUAAAGUGUCUUUGUGUGGUAAAAGUGUGUUUGUGUGUGUGUGUGUGUGUGUGUGUGUGUGUGUGUGUGUGUGUGUGUGUGUGUGUGUGUGUGUGUGUGUGUGUGUGUGUGUGUGUGUGUGUGUGUGUGUGUGUGUGUGUGUGUGUGUGUGUGUGUGUGUGUGUGUGUGCGCGCGCAUAACCUAAAAUCAUCACUUCAUGUUGCAUACAAGAACUCUAAUAAUCCUGAAGAAAUAAAGCUGGGUUGUUUUGUUUCUUCACAGGAAGUAGCUUUCUGUGUCACAGUUGUGGCUUUGUUUAUUGUACUGCAUCAGCUUUGGAGUCUGAUAAAGUCUACCAUUAUUGAACUUUUGGGUAGGAUAUGUUUAUUUCUUCAUUUGUGCACUGACUAAUACUUAAGCAGUCAGUCUAUAACACUUAAAAGGUUACCUUUAAAUUGAAAACAUGAGAAGCUUAAAUUCAGUGCAAUUUUAUUUUAUCAGAUCAAAUUGCUGUCUGCUAUUGUAUACUCUGAAGUUAUUGUAUGGGUAUGGAUGUGGUAAUUCAGGACAUCAUGUUGAUUGAUACAGGAAAUCAUGUGGGCAUCUAUAUAUUUUAGAGUAAUUUUGAAUCUCGUAUCUCAAAGUAGCUCUUAAGACUACUAAAUACUUGAUUUCCUUCAUGAAAAUUGUGUUAAAUUAGUGAUUUGGAAUAUGAAAAUACAAUAUAUAUUCCACUCUGAAUGUCAAAUGUUAUCAUCGUUUUAGUUAAUUUGCAUGGUCAUAUCGAAAUUUUAUAGAUUUCAGAAAUAUUUAUAAGUAUUCUGUCUAAAUAAGACUUUACUUGUUCAGUAUGCAUUGCGAGUUUUUAUUUUGAUCGCAUUUACAAACCCCAUUCUGAACAAUUUACUAUUUAUACUUCGAGUAGCUUCGCAAUAGUUCAGUGACAUAAGGGACAUCUAAUGGUUUUGCUCUAUGUUUUUCACAGAUGUCCUCUGAUACCGCAUCAAGUCAGCAAAACACAGAUGACAAAGAUGGACCUAAACAUGUCUUCUCCUUUUCUUGGCUGAACAACCAGAAGUAGAUUAUCAUCUUACCUCAAGACUAUAAUGAAAUUGUUGUAAUACUACAUUGUUUUGAUUGAGUCAGCAUCCUGCUGCAGGAACGGUUUAAAUAAGUACUCUGUUACCGUUGAAUAACUGUAAUUUAUCUGUAAAUGCUCUCUAGCACUUACAGUAUAUUCGUCAUACUGUGAAAACAAACGUCAUUGGGCAGAUAUUUGAUUUGAGAAAGCUGGCGUAAUUUGGCACACCUUCGUGCAAUAGAUUUACGGUCGAAAUGUAUUUAGACACUCAAUUUAGGCUACACAGCAAGCAAUAAAUGUAACUUUUAAACUUGUUUAUUACAAAUAUAAAUAUUAGACAUUCUCUUGCACAACAAAUGUGAUUGGUUGCUCAUAUUGUAUUUUAUUAUCAAACUUUAACCAGUUGUACAAUGAGAAGGAAUUUCAGAAAGAGAUGAUGAAUGUGUGACUAACAAUAUAUACAAAAUAUGUUAUGCUUGAAUAUAAAUUAAUACAAUUAAAGGAUAUUUGUUCAGUUUCAGCAUUUCAAUGUGCUUCUCAUCAAACAGUGUAAUAACUAUACAGCGAAUUACAACUCGAUUUUACAGCUCUCGUUUAAAUACAUACAAAUGAUACAUAAAAUAACGAACGUUAAAGAGUAAUACAGAAAUGGAAUAGUACCGUACACUUUGUGCAAGAUGUAAACAAAUUAUUUGGCAAAUGUAUUUCUAACCC